GUUCUUCCACAGGACUUGACGUCACCUGCCGUUGGAGGUCUAAUCAGAUCUUUGUAAACAGUUUCUGUCAGGUGGGGAUCGGUCAAUGGGCUCUGUUCAUCAGGGAAGAAACCGCUCGAAAAAUCUUACAGGACCAGCUGGGCUGACCUGCUCUGAAAUUGUUUUGUUCAGUAUUUUCUAACAUAACGGGGAUGGCGCCAUUCCCAUCGCCAAUAUGCACGUAAGACAUCUUUUAGAUACAGACGCGAACAUGUACCCAGGUUCCGUAAAACGCGCAGGGCAUUAUCUUGGUGCCCCAGACUUCGUCAACCCGCCACAAUACCCGGAAUACGGGCAGUAUCAUGUGUCGGGGCUGAAUCUGGACGGGACCACUCAAACAACCACCUCCUGGCACUACGGACCAGCUCGCCAGGAUUGGAGUGCUUAUCCCCAGACACUCCAGAAUGGCUUGUACCGCUUGAACGCAUCACCCGGGACCGCUUACUGUCCGGCGGAGUACAGUCCCGGGCCUCAGUCAGAGCUAAGCAUAGUUCAGGCGCUGAACACCAAUUCCAGUGAGUGCCUUAACGCCAACAGCCCGUAUUGUUACCAGUGGACAAAUCGGAGUACGCCGACAGCUAACAACAGCUCAGGGAAGACCAGAACGAGGGACAAGUAUCGCGUGGUGUACACUGACCACCAAAGGCUGGAGCUGGAGAAGGAGUUCCGCUUCAGCAGCUACAUCACCAUCAGAAGGAAGGGUGUAGUUCUGUUUCUGGCCAGCUAG